CCGUUUCAAAAAAGUAAGAGAGAGAAAGAACUGAAAAACAAAACAACCAAGUAACUCAGACACUCACAGAUCAACAUUAGUACUUUGGUCCAAAACACCCACUUCACUCUCCACACUGCUUCUCAUACCACUCUCUCUACUAUCUCUGCUUCCUGCUAUCAGUUUUCCUGUUUAUCCCAGAAUACGUAUCACGAAUCCAAACGUAGUUUAUUCGAGCAUGCAAGUUUGCCGGUUCAGGCAAAAGGAAGGAGCCUCAAGAAGAGAGGGACGCCGAUAGAAUAAUAAGCACUCUCUGUGGUAAAUGAUGCCGCAAGAUUUGAAGCAGCACCAUAAUGAAGAGUCCACGAAGAAGGAGCACAGUGAAGAAUCUAAAAAGAAGGACCACAAUGAAGAAUCUAAAAAGAAGGAGCGUCACAUUGUGACUUGGACUCAAGAGGAGGAUGAUAUACUAAGGGAGCAGAUUGGUAUUCAUGGAACUGAAAAUUGGGCAAUUAUUGCAUCUAAGUUUAAAGAUAAAACGACAAGACAGUGCAGAAGAAGAUGGUACACAUACUUGAAUUCUGAUUUCAAGAAAGGUGGAUGGUCAGCCGAGGAAGACAUGCUCUUAUGUGAGGCUCAAAAAAUAUUUGGUAACAGAUGGACAGAAAUAGCAAAGGUGGUUUCAGGCAGAACGGAUAAUGCCGUGAAAAACCGUUUCUCCACACUCUGCAGAAAGAAAGAAAAAUAUGCAGCAUUAGCAAAAGAGAACAGUACUUCUUACAUCAAUUCAAAUAGCAAGAGAAUUAUGUUCCAACAUUAUAAUAAUAUGGAUACAACAGCUGAAUCUGGAGUACCUAUUAAAAGGAUGAGGAGGUCCCAUAUCCCUGAUGAUGCAGAAAAAACCGAAUUUGGAGACCGAUCACAUUUACGAAAUGGAACUCCAAUAAAUCAACAGCAAAGACCACCAUUUGCAGUAUUAGCUCAAAACUCUCAUAACUCAAACAGCUUGCCAGACCAUCAGCAUGAUUGCAGUCCCAAGUUCAAUUCUGCCCAGGAUGACCAGAUUCAAGGAACAUUUCUCAAAAGGGAUGACCCAAAGAGAAGUGUAUUGAUGAAACAGGCAGAGUUAUUAAGUUCACUAGCUCUAAAAGUUGAUACCGAAAACGUGGACCAAAGUCUUGAACACACUUGGAAGGUUCUUCAAGAGUUUCUGAACCGAAACAAAGAAUCAAACAUUCCUGGUCACAAGAUUUCAGAUUUACGGCUUGUAGAUAAAGAUAUCAAUGAGGACUUGAAAAGCAGUAAUGAGGAAGGCCAGGCUUGUUGGAGGCAAGUGGAACAAUACGAAGAUUCUCCAGCCAGUUCCGGAUACAGUACAGAAUCAACUUUCCUGGGUCAGUCAGCCGUUGAUAAAUCAGAGCACACAUUGCAUCAAGAUAUUGGAACUGAAAUGAAGUCUGAACAGGUUGGAGAUGAAAAAGGAGUAGACAAAGAUGAUAAAGGGGUUCUUUGUACUGCAAAUGUAGAUCAAGAUGUACUGCCAUAUUGUGAGGAACAGAUAAACAAUGAUGGAAUUGUUUCUACCUCAUCAAGAUUGGAGUUCAACUCCCCUAUUCAAGUAACCCCUCUGUUCAGAUCCUUGGCAGCAGGAAUUCCCAGCCCACAGUUUUCAGAAAGUGAAAGGAACUUCCUAAGGAAAACACUAGGAGUGGAAUCUCCAUCCAUCAACCCAAGUGCUGACUCAUCUCAACCACCACCCUGCAAAAGAGCCCUACUACCAAGUCUAUGAAUCAUCUGAGACUCAAAUAUUGAUCCGUUUUGAAUCCUACUUUCUCAUCUGGAGAAAAUUUACAAUUUCACUCUGCCUAAAGUUUUGGAAGGCAUAUGCUGCUCCCCAAGAAUGUUAUGAUACAUUCUUGCCGCCAUCAACAUAUCUAACAUCUCAAAAGUUACCUUUUUGAAACUUGCACAUAAAAUUGGAUUGCUUAGUGUGUCAUUCUUUGGUUUGUUUUGUUUUGAUAUUGUUCUGGGUUUGUUUUUCUCCAAUCCAGCAAUCAGCAUUUUGUCCGAAUUUUGUACAGAGCUUGCCGUGUAAUCAGUAGCAUCCUGAUUCCUGAGUGUGUAUGAAUACAUUAGCAUAGAUAGAAGAGAGAGAAGAAACUUGACAGUGGCAACUUGGAUUCUAAUUUGUUGUUUGGAGUGUGCAUAGGUUAUUUAAUAAAUAUUUUUCCCUUUUGCUUCUGAUGUACUGAAACAUAAUCAUAAGUGAGUGGAAAUGCAUUUUGGUUUGGUGUGCAAA